AUGUUUAUUUUCGCAGAUGUGGUGCCAGUGCGUUUCAAUUUAUGGGUGAUGCUGUUCACCAGUUGCUGGGUGGUGUACAUGCUCCGAGUGAAUAUGAGUCUCAAUCUUAUUGCCAUGGUACCACAGACACACUCCAAUGGCUCCACAUCACGUUCCCAGUGUGACCCGAAAGAUGACGUGUUGACAAAUGAAACUCUUCGCCGUGUCGACGGUGUUCAUGUGCACGCUUCCCAUGUAAAGCAAAUCCCGGGGGGUGCAUCGUUCAACUGGUCAGCGGAGCAGCAGGCGUUGAUCCUCGGAUCAUACUUCUGGUGUUACCCAGUGACGUCACUGAUCGGAGGCAUGGCCGCUGAGCGAUGGGGCCCACGCUACGUCGUUCUUGUGUCCUCCUUCGCCAGUGCUAUAUUGACAGCCCUUAGCCCAUUCGCCGCAAACUUGAGCUAUAUAGCUUUAGUGGUUAUAAGGUUCUUUUUAGGCUGUGCUGGGGGUUUUAUAUAUCCUGCACUUCACGUGUUGGUGGCUCGCUGGGCUCCACCCGCGGAAAAAGGCAAGUUCGUCAGCGCUAUGAUGGGAGGAACUUUGGGGACGGUGAUCACAUGGUCGCUCACCGGACCUCUCAUGGAAAAGUUUGGAUGGGCAUCAGCUUUCUACGUACCUGCUGCCUUGACUCUAGUUUGGUGUUUCUUCUGGUGGUAUCUCGUGGCUGACACUCCGUCAGAACAUCCUAGGAUAACCGAAGCAGAAAAGAAUUACAUAUUAGACGCGUUAGGAGACAAGGUCAAGAAAUCAAAGGGAUUGCCCCCAUUCAAGAGUAUUAUAACAUCAUUCCCGUUCUUGGCUAUGACCAUUCUUCAUUACGGAAAUCUAUGGGGCUUAUACUUUAUAAUGACAGUGGGACCAAAAUUCGUUUCAAGUGUCUUAGGAUUCGAGUUGUCAGCCGCAGGAGUGAUAUCUGCUCUUCCGUACCUUGCAAGAUUAUUCCUUGCGACAAUAUUCGGUGUGGUUGGAGACUUCAUAUUGGCAAGGAAACUGAUGUCGACGACAGUUAUAAGGAAAUUCUUCUGUCUGUUCUCCCAUAUCUUGCCCGGUGUCCUGUUAGUGUUGCUUGUGUACGCUGGAUGCUCUACGGCGCUGUCAGUGUCUCUGAUUACAAUGUCAAUGGGAUUUAACGGCGCCGCGACACUGACCAACCUACAAAAUCAUCAAGACUUGGCCCCGAAUUAUGCAGGAACCUUGUAUGGAAUCGCUAAUUGUGUUGGCAGUACCGCUGGAUUUUUCACACCAAUGAUAACCGCAUAUUUUACAAGCUCAGGGAAUAGUUUUGAGAGCUGGCGUCCAGUUUUCUUCGUGGGAGCAUCAGUUUAUAUUAUAUCAGCACUAUUCUUCAUAUUCUUUGGGACUGGAAACAUUCAACCAUGGAACUUCCCCCCUGAAGAUAAGGGUAAAGAUGAUAAGUCAAAUGGAGAUCUCAAAGAAAUGAAUGGUACGCCACCCAAAAAUGGUGAAACGAAAGAGAUAAAAGAAACUGCUUUAAAUGUUUCUAAGUAA